AUGGCCUCGCCCUCGACGCCCCAGGGCACUCUACGUCAGCGGAAUGUCGGUAUUUCGACGAAAAAGACCAAGGAUGGCGCCUCUUCCGACGUCGAGCUGGAUAAGCUCGUGAAAGCUGCGGCCGCAAAGUCCUCUGCCAACUCCGAACGCGACUUUAAAGCCGUCUUCGUCGUCAUCACCGCGCUCGCCUUCCUAACCCGGUUUUGGGGCAUCAGCCACCCCAACGAGGUUGUCUUCGACGAAGUCCACUUUGGCAAGUUCGCCUCGUACUACCUCGAAAAGACCUACUUCUUCGAUGUUCACCCCCCGUUCGGCAAACUCCUGUUUGCCUUCAUGGGCUGGCUUGUCGGUUACGAUGGCCGCUUCCACUUCGAGAACAUUGGCGACUCCUACAUCGUGAACAAGGUCCCCUACGUCGCGUACCGCUCCCUGCCUGCCAUCCUCGGCGCAUUGACGGUCUCCGUGACCUAUCUUAUCAUGUGGGAGUCUGGAUACAGCCUGCCAGCUUGUGUCAUUGCCGCCGGCCUGAUAUUGCUCGACAACGCCCACAUUGGCCAGACGCGCUUGAUACUGCUCGAUGCCACGCUUGUAUUUGCCAUGGCAUGUAGCUUGCUUUGCUACAUCAAGUUUUACAAGCUGCGCCACGAGGCUUUCUCGAGGAAGUGGUGGAAGUGGCUGAUUCUGACCGGAUUCGCGUUGUCUUGCGAUAUCUCGACCAAGUAUGUCGGCCUGUUUGCCUUCAUCACGAUUGGCUCUGCCGUCAUCAUUGAUCUUUGGGAUCUGUUGGACGUCAAACGGCCGGGGGGCGCACUGAGCUUACCGGAGUUUGGCAAGCAUUUUGCCGCUCGUGCAUUUGGCCUGAUCAUCAUGCCUUUCCUCUUUUACCUCUUCUGGUUCCAGGUCCAUUUCUCCAUCCUCACCCGUUCCGGUCCUGGUGACGAUUUUAUGACUCCCGAGUUCCAAGAGACGCUCAGCGACAACGUGAUGCUCGCUAAUUCGUACACGAUUAAUUACUACGACACCAUCGUCCUCAAACACAAGGAGACCAAGGCUUUCCUGCAUAGCCACGCCGACCGCUACCCCCUAAGGUACGAUGACGGACGCGUUUCUAGCCAGGGUCAGCAAGUCACCGGCUAUCCCUUCAACGACACCAACAACCACUGGCAGAUUCUUCCCGCUGAUGCGGAUGACCAGAAGCUUGAUCGGCACGUUUUGAACCACGACCUUGUGAGGCUUCGCCACCUGGUCACCGACACUAUCCUGCUUUCUCAUGAUGUCGCCUCUCCUUACUACCCCACUAACCAGGAAUUCACCACCGCCUCCAUUGCGGACGCCUACGGCGAGCGGGCCGCUGAUACGCUGUUCGAGGUCCGUAUCGAACACGGCAAGCAGGGCCAGGAGUUCAAGAGCGUCUCCAGCCACUUCAAGCUGAUCCACAACCCCAGCAAAGUUGCCAUGUGGACACACCCCAAACCGCUCCCCGAAUGGGCCCACAAGCAGCAGGAGAUCAACGGUAACAAGCAGAUUGCGCCGAGCUCCAACGUUUGGCUUAUCGAGGAUAUUCCCUCGCUCCCGGCCGAUGACAAGCGGCGCGAGAAGCAGGAGAGAAAAGUCAAAUCCCUACCGUUCCUGCGGAAGUGGUUCGAGCUGCAGCGGUCCAUGUUCUGGCACAACAACCAGCUGACUGCCAGCCAUCCUUAUGCGUCGCUCCCGUACCAGUGGCCAUUCCUGCUCCGUGGUGUGAGCUUCUGGACCCAGAACGACACCCGCCAGCAGAUCUACUUCCUUGGUAACCCUCUUGGCUGGUGGCUCGCUAGUAGUGUCCUGGCUAUCUACGCCGGCAUUAUCUUAGCCGACCAGUUCUCACUGCGCCGCGGCAUCGAUGCCUUGGAUCACCGCUCCCGCUCCCGUUUGUACAACUCGACUGGCUUCUUCUUCCUCGCCUGGGCUACCCACUACUUCCCCUUCUUUGUCAUGGGCCGCCAGCUGUUUUUGCACCACUACCUACCAGCCCACCUCGCCUCUGCCCUCGUUACGGGCGCCAUCGUCGAGUUUGUCUUUAGCCAGGACAAUGCCGAGCUCGAGCAGGCCCACCAGGCGAGCAAGGCCGGGAAGAAGCCAGCCGUGCCCAAGCACCACCUGACUUCCCGUGAGCGGUUUGCUGGCCAGAGCUUGCUGCCCGCGUGGAUUGCUGCUGCUGUGAUUCUUGCAGUAGUAGCCGGUAGCUGGUAUUUCUUCCUACCGCUGACCUACGGCUACCCCGGCCUGUCGGUCGAGCAGGUCGUUUGGAGGAAGUGGUUGGGCUAUGACCUGCACUUUGCCAAAUAA